AAGAGCGCGUCUUCUUACACAUAGAGCACCAAGGCCCACUAUAUCCUCGUCGGUCACUCAACUCCGCUCAUGAGAUAGAACAUUUCCCUUCAAGUUUUCUCUCCAAGGCCUCAACCAUUACCGCCUACUACUACUACUACUUACCUUCAAGGUCUAGAUUGCUGAGUGACUGAGAUGGCUAGUUCUCGAAUAAUCAUCCUGCCCGUCUGUGCGAUUUGCCAAGACGACCAAGCUGGUGCGGACAUCCUGGCCACCAUAUGUGGACAUCUCUUCCAUUCGGCUUGUAUACGCCAAUGGAAUAAUCGCCAACUGUUGUGCAGAUUCCCGACGAAUUGUCCGAGCUGUAACGUCACCCUGAGAGAGCCCGGUUGGCAGUCUUCCCCCGCAAGGUUUAUCAAGCUUCAUGGUCUUUCUGAACGCGUCGUCGACGGUCAAAAUCCCUCCCAACUCAUCAAUCCUGUACCCGAAGAGGUAUCGUCGCCUGGCAUCUCGGAAAGGCUCGACUCUCUCGAAGAAAAGAUGAAGCUGUCUUCAGCGGCAGAGGGAUCCAGUUGGAUUAAUAUCUGGAAGAGGUUUGAUGGAUUUUCUAAGCAGGAGCUCGAACAACGCACGGCCAAUUGCGGGAAACUCAGGAUCGAACACGUUUAUCUCAUGCUCGAUAACAUAGAGCUCGAAAUGGAUCGCUUGGGCAGCCUUUCGGAUAGCGUGAGAGCUAGAAGUCAAGCUCAGGAGUUUCAAAGAAAAUACCAAGUCUUGAAGACCGAGAAUGAUCAACUUCUCCAACAAUCUCUUGAAAAGGAUAGACGAAUCGAAGAACUUCAAUCGACGGUUUCCAGAUUCGUAGGGGAGAAAGACAGCCAUGAAGGAGCCGAAAAAGCUUCACAGGUGCAACCACAAGAAAGUAUCGACAUGUCCGAAGGUUUGGAAUGCGCUACUUCGGCGGAAAGGCUCGAGUGA